AUGUUAAAUGAAACAAUUAAAGAUAUGAAUAUAUCGCAGAGCUUGAUUAAACAACAAAAUCGUAAAAAUUAUAUCAAUAUACAGGAUCAUCAGAAAGAUGUUAAUAACACGACAUCCUCGGAUAUUUUAGAGUAUGAUCCAAACAAAAUUCCAUAUGUUGAGGUACCGGAUUACUCUGAUAUUAGGGAAGAAAGUUUGGAUGAGAAAGAUCGUCAGAUGAAAGAAGGGAAAACUGAUUUUAUUGAUCCAGAAAUAUCAACGAAUCAUGAUAACUCUGAAGAAAACGUAAAAAAGUUGUUAAAAGGUUCAAGGCAAAAUUUAAUUAAAAAAAAUGAUUCAAAUUUCACAAAUUUUAAAAUGUAUAGGAAUAUAAAAAAAAUGGAUAAUAAUAAUGAAAAUAAACCAGAUAUGGCAGAUAAACCAGAAAGAUCGAAUGAUUUCAAAGACUCUUUUGAACGUUUAAAAAGUGAUAAAUUCGAAGAAAAUAAAGAAGAGAGACUAUUAAAAAAUAUAAAUGAACUACGAAAUAACAAGGAUAAUUUAAAUAAUUCCAACAUCGAUAAAGAAUCAGAAGAAAAUUCCCAAGAAAAUCACGAGCCUCGGGAAGAUCCGAGGGAAACGCAGGAGGACACAGGAAGUCAAUCGGGUCCCAUAAUUUUCGACAUAAACGAAUACAGGAAGCCAUUCGAUCUAGACGAAUUUCUUAAGGACGAUCCGAUAAUGAAAAAGUUGAAGCUGCUCGAAAAGGAGACACGGACCAAGUACGGACAGAACGGGAAACAAGUUUCAGCCGACUUUAACGAAUCCGAAAGUGAUAAUGCGUUCAGGGAACAAGCGAACGGCCAAAGGAAUUCUGCUGAGGUACAAGAUACUUUCGAUGAUCUGUCAAAAUCUCAUCGAUCUAGCGACUUCGCCGAUUCCAUCUUUGCAAAAGUGGAUAAAAUAAAGGAUAAACAAAAUAGAAAAGAUAGGAAAAUAAAGAAGAAAAUAAAAAAUCGUGAAGAUUCUAACGAAGAGAACAGCGACGAAGACUUUUUAAGAUUUAUCUUCAAAAAGGACAAGAAAAAUAAUCCUUUGCCUGGAUUCGAAAAUGAAGAAAAAUUCCUCUCCCGAUAUUUCACGGAAGAUGUAAUUAGAAACUUGCAAGAGGAUAUCGAAAAAGAUAGCAAGAGAAAGGACAAGUUCCGUAAAGAAGACAUGUAUGAAGCAUUAUCGGCAAUCUUGAGAAAGAAAAGUCAAGUCUCGCGGCUCAAUAAGGACAUUGAUAAAAGGAUCGAAACCGGAAACGAGCCGAUGCUCGAAUACAAAAAUUUCUGGUCCUUAGAAUAUAAAUCUCCGAGAGUCGACAUGGAAGCGCAAGAAAGAAGGAAAUAGCGGCAUAUCGAUUGAAAUCUCAACGAGAUGAUCGCGCGUAUCGUGGUAUUGUAAACACGGAUGAAAAUGUUGCAUUACG